CAGCAGAUAGUAUACACUGCAGCUCGGAGGGAGCCGAACUGCCACUGCCACUGCUAAUAACCCCUCGCAAUCAUGGUUCACUCACUGACCUCCCCUCCACUGGACCUAUCGCAUCAUUUCUCCGCCGUCACCCAGCGGCGAGAGGGCAGCCAAACCAAGUCGCUAUACAAGUACUUCUUCAUUCCAGGCAUUGCGAACCUGGCCGGCGGGCUCCCGAACGCGUCAUUCUUCCCCUACGACACCCUCUCCGCCACCGUCGCCCACCCACAGCGAUUCGCCGCCCCAUCCGACCCCCAGCAAACCAAGAAACCCAGCGACGACACCCAAUCCACCGAACGCCGAACCAUCCCCAAAGAAAGCCAAACCACCAACCUCCUCAAGAAGAUCGACCUCACCACCGCCCUGCAAUAUGGCACGUCAGACGGUCUCCCCGUCCUCGCCGACUUCGUCCGCCAAUUCACCCGCGACCAUCUGCACCCCAACGUCCCCUACACCGGGGGGCCCGGCACCCUGCUGACAUGCGGCUCGACCGAUGGCUUCAACAAAGCCAUCGAGGCCUUCACAAACACAUGGGAUCCGCGUCGCGACUGGAUCAGCCAGCGCGAGGGCAUCCUGUGCGAGGAGUUCGUCUACAUGAACGCAAUCCAGACCGCCAAGCCGCAGGGCCUGAACGUCGUCCCCGUCGCCAUGGAUCCCCAGGGCAUGCUCGCGUACGGCAAAGGCGGCUUGGCCGAUGUUCUCGAGCAUUGGGAUUUCCGGAAAGGUCGUCUCCCGCAUCUGAUGUAUACCAUCACCAUCGGCCAGAACCCGACGGGCGGGACCUUAUCGGUCGAGCGCCGGAAGGAGAUCUACGCGCUAUGUCGCCAGUACGACAUCAUUAUCAUCGAGGAUGAUCCGUACUGGAACCUGCAGUUUCCAUCUGCGGCGGCCAUGGAGGCGAAGUUCCGGGGGCGGACGGUCGUGGAUACGGCUCCGAGGAAUUAUAACGCCCAUGGGAAAUCCUCCGGGUACCCGUUCCUGGAUAGUCUGGUGCCGUCGUAUCUGUCCGUUGAUACGGACGGGCGUGUUGUGCGGCUGGAUACGUUCUCGAAGACGAUCGCGCCCGGGUGUCGUCUGGGGUGGAUCACGGCGCAGCCGGCCAUCAUUGAGCGGUUGGUCCGGAUCACCGAGACCUCGACGCAGCAACCCUCGGGCUUCGUGCAGGCGAUGGUAGCAGAGCUGAUCGUGGGCCAACAGGUCGAAGACCCGAGUCCCCUUUCCAAGAACAAAAAAGGCGAACAGGAACAGGCCUGGCAGAUGGACGGCUGGGUGCGGUGGCUGGAGGGUCUGCGCGCCGGAUACGAGCAGCGCAUGCAGCGCAUGUGCACGAUCCUCGAAGAAGGGAAAUACUUCAUCUCAGACGCUUGCUCAACCACCACCUCUGCCGACGAACACGCCUGGGCAGUCCUCGACAAAACCCAAAUGUACGAAUUCUCCUGGCCGACGGGGGGCAUGUUCGUGUGGGUGAAAGUGUGCAUCGACACGCAUCCCCUGCUUGCGAAGUUCGGGCAGGAGCGGCUCAUCCAGGCGCUGUGGGUGCAGUUGAUGCAGAAGCCGUACUUGUGUAUUAUGGGGCCCGGGGCGAUGUUCUCGCCCACGGCGGAGACGGUGGACCGCGCGAGGCUGUAUUAUCGGUUGUGCUUUGCGGCGAUGCCCACCGAGGAGGUGGCGGGGAUCACGAGGAGGUUGGUGGAUGGGUUCCGGGCGUUUUGGCAGAGGAGGGAUCUGGAUGGGCUGGAGGAUGAUACCCUCGCCUCCAACCACACCACCAAAAUGUCCACGCUCGAAACCCUACCAAACACGGACCUGGCCGAAGAAAUCGAAGCCAUCAACGCGAUCUACGACCCGGACACGCUGAUCCUCACAUCCGCAUCCACAUCCACCACCACCUCAAUCCCCUCAACGCUCGACCUCGGCUCCGGCUGCAGCUCCAGCUCCAGCUCCACCCCCCCCUCACAAUCACAAUCACGAUCAAACUCAAACCCAGGCUCGUCAUCAACAAUCCUCAAACUCCACCUCCCCAACCACCCCCACCUCUCCUUCCUCCUCUCCUUCGCACCCACCUACCCCGACGACCCCCCGCACAUCCUCGGCACCGCAUCCACGGCCUCCCGCGGCGAAGGCAAGAUCGCCAUCGACGUACUCCAGGAUAUCCUCGAUCGAACAUAUCAGCCCGGCGCGGUGUGUUUGUUCGAGGUUAUCAACGAGGCGGUGGAAGUUUUCGGGGAGUUGCGGAUCGGGACGAAUCCGAAUAAUAAUAAUAAUGGUGGACAUACACGGGCCAACAACAACAACAAUAGCAGCAGCAGCAACGAUAUCAAUGGAAAGAAGGAGGGGGAGGAGGAGGAGGAGGAGGAUACACAAAGGCUCAACGACCCCACCACAUCACCAAUCCUAUCUCAUCCGCCAGAUUGGGUGAUCUCGGAUAUAAUCACCGAAAAGAAAUCCGUGUUUGUCGCGCGCGCGGCGAAAGUCACCUCCCUGGCCCAGGCGAAGGCGUAUCUGGAUCAUCUGCUCGCGACGGAGAAGAAGGUUGCGGCUGCGACGCAUAAUAUUUCGGCGUGGAGGAUACGGGAGGUUAAAUCGUCUCAUUUAUCAUCGUCGUCGUCAUCAUCAUCACAGUCACAUGUACAUGGACAUUUGGGGAUGGGGCCAGGGGCAGGGACAGGGGCAGGGUCGGGUAAAGCAGGCACCGGCGACACCACAGAACUCAUCGUGCAAGACUGCGACGACGACGGCGAAACAGCCGCGGGAGGCCGUCUCCUGCAUCUGAUGCAGCUGAUGGAUGUGUGGGAUGUGGUGGUGGUUGUGACGCGGUGGUAUGGUGGCGUCUUGUUGGGGCCGGAUCGGUUUAGGAUUAUUAAUGCGGCGGGGAGGGAUGCGUUGGUUAAGGGGGGGUUUGUGAGGGAGGGGGGUGGGGGUGGGGGUGGGGGGAAGAAGAAGGGGAGGAGGUAA